AUGUGUCUGGGGGGGGCUGGGGGAUGUCACCUGGGGCCAGGAGAGGGGCUGAGAGAGGGCAACAUUCCUCCUCCCGCUGCAGGUGUUCACCGCCAGGUCCUGUUCACGACCGUGGGGUGGUUUGUUGGGUAUUUCCUCACGAAACGUGCGGAGUACGUACACGCCAAACUGGACAGGGAGCUGUUUGAGUACAUCCGGCAGCACCCAGAAGACUUCAAAGCAACAGAAAAGAGAAGAAUUGGAGAACUUAUGGAAGAUUUCUACCCGGUUCGCUGAGGAUUCCUCCUGGCGGCGACGUGUCACAAGGAUGCGUGUGCUGAGCUGAUUCCACAGCAAGAGCUUCUGUUCAACCGUCCACGGCCUGGGACAUGGACCGUUCCUCGCUUUCACCUAAUAAAAGCUAUGAUUAAAUACUAAAAUGUUUAA